GUUCCCGCACUCGCUCAGUCGCUCGUGCCGUCGGUGUUGUGUGCCCGUGUCUGUCCGUGCCCGCUGGCUCCGCUCCUGGUCGUGUAGUGGUUUGUGUACGAAUUGUUUUGCUGGAUAUUGUUUUCUUUUACUUCAAUCUCGUGUCACUACUCUAUUGCACUGCAAAAGAAAAACAUCGCACACAGAAGCUGUGCUGUGAUUGUGUUGUGUUCCGUACCUUUGCUGUAGUGUGUGUGUGUGUGAGUAAGUGUGUUGAAUGUUUUGAUUCGUGUUGCGUUGCAGCAGCAGCAGCAGUGGCCAAAACUUUGCACAACACUGCACAACAAUCACUACCGAAAACUACCCCUAUGACGACGACGGGGGGUUGACAGGAAGUUGUUGGGCAGUGCGGGUAUUAUUCGGUCCGAUCCGAAAGUGGUGAAAUGAAGCAGACGGCAAGCAGCUCAAUGCGAUCGUGCGUGCGUGCGUGCAUGAAGUAUGUGAAGAGUGUGAGCAGAUAGCUAAGAAUACGCUCAGCAAAAAUUCCAUUCCAACUCAAUCAAGCAACAAAAACAAAUCAGCUCGCCCUCUCGCUCUCUCUCGCAACUCGCCGUACAGCAAAGUAGGCUACGGGAAGUGGAUUCGUUCGUUCGUGCGUGCGUGCGUGCGUGCCCGCGUGUUAAAGUCGUGUCGAUCGUGUUCGCCUGCUGUAGGGGAAAGAAUUCCCCUCCCCCUCACCCACCCCACACGCUAAUCGUACUGUGGUGAUCAUCCUCCACACGGUCCCCCUCACUCCCCACUCAGCGAAAGUGCACUGAAAAUAAGAAUAACAACCCUUCUGCGAUUCUCCCCCAAGUCGGAACGAGUCCCCCUGCUAGCAACUGUAACAUGGUUGUGUCCCCCCGGUUGUUCGUUCGUUCGGAUUUGUCGUCACAGUGCACAUUGAAGCAAGAAAGUGAAAAUACGAACGAUUAGCAGCAGCAGCAGCAGAAGCACAGCUCAAGAAGAACGACGCAAAGCAGUCUUUCUCAAGGCAGCUUUACGGUGGAAACUAUCACUUUUCCCCGUAACAAAAUACACCCUCCGCCCGUGCUGUCUGGGCCAGCAUCCACAACCGAACAGUGACGCAAACGCAGCGUGUGUGUGUGUGUGACGUUAAUCGGGGUGCGUCUGUGUAUCUUUUUAAUCUUACCCUCGGUCGCAUAUUUUUUGCCUACAUUUUGACAUCAUCUCCUCGUGGUGUGGUGUCUUUUCGGCCGUCUCCCUCGUUGGCCUUCCGGUUAUCUAAUUUCUUCCGAAAAGAAAAACAAAAACGAAACCCAACGGACACAGGCGCCCGUAUGACAUCUGUCUGCAUGUUGCAAAUCUUCAUCGUCGCGGUUCGGCUUCCUCUUUACUGCUUAUGUAAUUAUACCCGAACCUGUGUCGCAACAUCACUGCUCUCCACCAGGCGCCCAAACGGAGAUGGAAUCUUCCGAAAGACAGUCACACUGGCCACCCCGGGUGAUACGGUACCGCCCGUUCUGUGGCGUUCCAGACGAAAAGCCGAUAUUCACAAACUUUGGAGACCGAAUGACGCAGUCCGUUUGCUCGGUACCAAUUGGACGCUUGCACGCAAACUAGGACUGCACUUGCGCAGCAUAGAGGAGCCCCAGAGCAGAAUGCCCACCGAGCAGGGGGGCACAGUGGGGCUCGAUGCUACGUUGGGCUCUCGUGCUGGUGUCCCCCUGCCGCUACAGCUACCACCACACAGCAACCUUCACCAUCACCACCCGCACCACAACCACCACAGCCACCAUCAUGCAAAUAGCAGCAGCAGCAGCGGCAGCAACAGCGGCAGUAGCGGUAGCCAUCAUCCUCCCCCCAACAGCCAUCACCAUCACCAUCACCAUCAUCACCAUCACCAGCAGACAGGGGCGCUGGGUUGCGGCGGCUGCACGGGAGGUCCAACCCAAGGCGCUCAAGGAUCGGCAGGUGGAGCCAUUGGUGGUGGUGGCGGAUACGAUGCCGAGUUUGCCCGCAUGGAGUCGUGGCUGGACGAGAACCCGGAGUUCAUGCAGGAUUACUUCAUCCGCAAGGCGACGCGCAACAUGGUGGACGGGUGGCUCGUUUCGCACGCCACACCGGUGACCACGGCGGCCAACAGUGUGGACUCGCCGACACACGGCACCAAUCAGCCGAGCUCGUCACGCGGCGGUUCCGGCGCGACAACACCCGUCAGGAAAAUAUCUGCCCACGAGUUCGAACGAGGCGGCCUGUUAAAACCGAUCGUGAACACCAUUGACGGCACACCGACCUUCCUGAGCAUCAGCCCACAGAACGAGUCGUCCGCGUCCGGCAGCACCCAGUGCUGCCCGAACGGUGUCACGUACUGUGGGGCCAACCUGCGACCGCUCCGCCUGUCCCGCAACGAGCUAAAGCAGCUCGACGAGCGGGAGCUUAUAUUCGAGCUGGUGAAAGAUAUAUGCAACGAUCUCGACGUACGCUCGCUCUGUCACAAAAUCCUGCAAAAUGUGUCAAUUCUGCUGAAUGCCGAUCGUGGCUCACUGUUCCUGGUGCAGGGCAAGAGUACCUGCGGUGGCGACAAUACCAAAAAAUGCUUAGUGUCGAAGCUGUUCGACGUGUGCUCCAACAGUACGCUGGAGGAGAUGGAGCAGCAGGACGAGGUAAAGGUGGCCUGGGGUACCGGGAUCGCUGGACACGUUGCCGAAAGUGGCGAACCUGUAAAUAUACCGGAUGCUUACCAGGAUGAACGUUUCAACCGGGAAAUCGAUGUACAAACUGGCUACCGUACAAAGGCGCUACUCUGCAUGCCAAUCAAGGAUGCGUCCGGGGAUGUGGUUGGGGUCGCGCAAGUGAUAAACAAACAGGGUGAUCAGUGCUUUAGCACCGCGGACGAGAAGAUUUUCUCCUCCUACCUGCAGUUCUGUGGCAUCGGGCUUCGGAAUGCGCAACUGUACGAAAAGUCACAGCUAGAGGUGAAACGCAACCAGGUGCUGCUCGAUCUCGCCAGGAUGAUCUUCGAGGAGCAGAGCACGAUCGAGCACAUGGUGUUUCGCAUUCUGACCCACAUGCAGAGCUUAAUACAAUGCCAAAGAGUGCAGAUCCUGCUGGUGCACGAAGCGUCCAAGGGUAGCUUUUCGCGGGUGUUCGACUUCGAAGCCAACGAUCUCAGCGGCGAGGACGGCGAUGCUCGCACGAGCCCGUUCGAGUCCCGCUUUCCGAUCAACGUCGGAAUUACUGGCUACGUGGCAACAACUGGCGAGACUGUAAAUAUCUGCAACGCGUACGAGGACGACCGGUUCGAUCCGAGUGUCGACGAAGGGCUCAACUUCCGCCACAAAACCAUCCUCUGUAUGGCGAUCAAGAAUUCAUUAAGUCAAAUUAUAGGAGUAAUCCAGCUGAUCAACAAGUUCGAUGAUCUAACUUUUACCAAAAAUGAUGAAAACUUUGUUGAAGCGUUCGCCAUCUUUUGCGGCAUGGGCAUUCACAACACGCACAUGUACGAGAAGGCAAUCAUCGCGAUGGCAAAGCAGAGUGUCACGCUGGAGGUGCUGAGCUAUCACGCCUCUGCCACCAUCGAUGAUGCGUACCGGUUACGGCAACUAAAAGUGCCAUCAUCCGCGUUCUUCAAACUGUACGACUUCAAGUUCGACGAUCUGACACUGGACGACGACCACACGCUGAAGGCGUGCCUGCGCAUGUUUCUGGACCUGGAUCUGGUCGAGCGGUUUCACAUCGAGUACGAGGUCCUGUGCCGGUGGUUGCUGAGCGUGAAGAAAAACUAUCGCAACGUGACGUACCACAACUGGCGGCACGCGUUCAACGUGACGCAGAUGAUGUUUGCCAUCCUCACGUCGACCCAGUGGUGGAAGAUCUUUGGCGAGAUUGAGUGCCUUGCGCUGAUCAUAGCCUGCCUGUGCCACGAUCUGGAUCACCGUGGGACCAACAAUUCGUUCCAGAUUAAAGCCUCGUCACCGCUGGCUCAGCUCUACUCGACGUCCACGAUGGAGCACCAUCACUUCGACCAGUGUCUGAUGAUCAUCAACAGCCCCGGCAACCAGAUACUGUCCAACAUGUCCUCGGAGGACUACAGCCGUGUGAUACGCGUGCUGGAAGAUGCCAUCCUAUCCACCGAUCUGGCCGUUUAUUUCAGGAAACGUGGAGCCUUUUUGAAUUUAGUCGAACCGGCCAGUGAAAUGAGUUCCUGGCAGGCGGAGGAGCCACGCUCGCUGCUGCGCGCGAUGAGCAUGACCGUCUGCGACCUGUCCGCAAUCACCAAGCCGUGGGAAAUCGAGAAGCGCGUCGCCGAUCUGGUCAGCUCGGAAUUCUUCGAGCAGGGCGAUAUGGAGCGGCAAGAGUUAAACAUCACACCGAUUGAUAUAAUGAAUCGAGAGAAGGAGGAUCAAUUGCCAAUGAUGCAGGUUGGCUUUAUUGAUUCGAUCUGUAUUCCUAUUUAUGAGGCUUUUGCGACCCUGUCCGACAAGCUGACGCCGCUGAUCGAUGGUGUGCGGGAGAACAAGCAGCACUGGAUCGAGCUGGCCCAAAGCGCGAAGGAGGCGUACGCAAACAACAAUAACACGAGCGAAAACAAUAAUAACAACAAGAGCCCCUGCACGGACCAUGCGGAGGACGACGGCCACCAGCAGGAUGGGGUGGUGGAGUGCGUCGGCAGCCCGCUCGGAUCACCAGCAAGUAAUGGAACUACCCCGCGUAAGCUUUCCCUUGAACCUGAUUGUACUGAUAGUGGUCACCACCACAGUAUAGGUAGCCACGAGUCGGCCACCACUAACAGUUGUCGUAGCAUAAAGGAGAAGAUCGUCGGCCGGCUGGGGGCCGAUCUUGCAUCGUCGCCACCGUACGCGGACAAGCCCUCGUUCCUGGUGGUCGGCCAGAAGGGCAACGGAUGGGUGAACGGGGACAAGGUGCGGCUCAUACGGCUGUCAUCGUCGGAUGGUAAGACGAGCGAGCUGCUGCUGGACGAUCAGCUGCCGCGGCAUCCGGCGACGGUGGACGACCAGGACGCGCUCGACGUAGCGCUGGAGUGAAAGAUGAUGGUGGAUGAUGAGGACGCUGUAGUCGUCGACUCACUCGCAAUGCGCUACCGCAAGACCAAACAGGCUCUACUGUAUGUGAUUCGCCGUUCCGGUGCAAACGGAAUGAACCCAGUUUUGUUUUUAAUGUUUGAACCGCUGUACUCCUAUCCUCCCUGUCAUAUCAUUCUCCCCGCAAACUGCGCCUCUCAUUACUUUUAAAUCCCCGUUCUUUUUAUCUCCCCCACAAAAUGACUUCUGUAAAUGAAUGUUAGCGUUAUGUUUUACGGACCGGAACGUUCCGCACUGGGUUCCGCAAGGCGCGUAGGCGCUUAUCUGUUCGUGUGCACCACGCACAAGCACGAUGUCACACGCGAUGGUAAUCGGUUCGGUUUCAAAUCGUGUAUUUAUCCCCCGCAAGCGCACAAUUGAUUGUACUAAUUAGCAGUAUGUGGCAUUAUGUUGUAUUGUAAAUAUUGUUAGGUAAUUGUUUGUUAAUUGUUACACCUCAUACGAUCCACGAUCAGAACAGAACCAAUCGCCACAGAUCCUCCACAGCAAUCCCGUUUUCUCUUCCCCCAGUCAGCAAGAACAUUCAUACAUCAUACUACCUACAGUGUAAUGCACCACUAUUUGUAAUGUUUCGAUCAAUUGUUCUAGUAAGUGAAUCCACGCAGCAACAAUUGUUCGUAACCAAUGUAGAGAUCUAUUUUUAAAUAGUAGUAAAAUAUAAAAACAACUUUAAAAAUUCUAUGUAAAAGGAAUAAGAACAGGAAGUAAGAUAACAAACUAAAGGAAACAAACAAACAAAAAAAGAAGCAAACAAGGAACCAUAACUUCAGCACUAGUCAGCAGAAUAAUAAUUUUAGUGUUAACAUUGGAAAGCUCCGGGUGGUAAAGGGCGACGGUCCUUAGGCAAAGAGCUGUUGGAAAAGAAAAGGCACACACACUCACACGCAAGUGGGUGUUAUGGGCAAACGACCCAAAAAUCGUGAAACGUAACGCAGCAAACCAAUGGCAUUGCACCCGACGUUCGUUUGCUAGGGGAAUGGCCCCGGUGUUAGGAGUAUUACUCGUUCUAUGGACCAUUAUUAAUUAUGUACUUGUAUAUGAGAACAAACAAUCCUUUGUUAUAGUUGUUCUGCUUAUUCGAACGGUGACCGGACGUUGAUAUCCCUUUUGCACUUCCAUUUUGAAAGCGAUUGGAACACUAACGAUUGGAAGAGGUAUUUUAGAACAAUCUUCAGACAAACAGGGGAAUUGGUGUGUUUUUUUCAUUAACGAUUCACUCGCACGCUCAAUCAAAUCCCCAACCCUUUAUAUUGUUAGUGAAGGUAGUAAUUUAUUGCAAACAACAAGAAAAAAAGUAAACAAAUCCAUAACAAUCCCACAAUCGUAACCGCGGCCCACGGGAAUGGAAUGGGAGACAUGUGAAUCGUCCUUUAAACGUAAUGAUGGUCGUAUAACGUUUCUUCAAUGUGUCAUCAAUGAAUGUGUGUAUGUGUGUUUGUGUGUGUGUCGGUGGCCCUUGUAUGAUUCGAUGUCGUCUAGCGUGUUGUGUGCAUGUAUGUGCAUGUAUGUCUGUUAGGUUUUUUGGGGGGUUAAUUAUUUGAGCAAAUCAAAUCAGAUUAAACAGCUGUUAUUUCGUUCUAUUGGAAAAUGUGUAUUACACUAGCAAAAGAUCGUGUCAAAAGAUGUAUUUCUUUCACUGCAAGGGAAGGGAAACUGAUUCUGUUACUAAUUAGUUACGCACUGGCACACAUACUGCAGCAUUGAAUCAUGUCCGAUAGUAGACAACAACCCAUUAUCCUAGCAGAAAUGGCUUAUAAUAAAGUGUACUAUUUUUCUGAAUAUUUGA